AUGGUCCCAAUCGCUCUCUCCCUUCUAUUGUCUUUAGCAACUUGCCGAGUUUACCUUCACUCCUCCCAUAUAAAAGACUCGACCUCUCUGUCUCAUCGCCAAAAACACAACUCCAACUCUGUCUCUGAUCCUCCAAUCCAAUUCAUAAUCCAAUCCACAAUGGGCUCCUUCUUUUCCGCCCCAACCUCGCCAGACCCGGCCGCCUUAUUGCGAGCAAAGCAGAAAUGCCGAGGCCUCUUCAUUCAACGCAAUGGUCUCAACAUCCUCGAGAACCGCUACCCACCCACCCCAUCUCAAUACGUUACCGUAUUCUUCAACUGGGCCGACCGAGGCUACAACGACGAACAACUCAUGGCACUCGUCGCCGCACGCAUUAGAGCCAGAGUCGGCAUCAUUACCCCCGAACCCAUGCACCACGAUGUACGCUGGUGUAUGUCCUUGCGUGUUCCGCAGCACCGCGAAGCGACAGAUACCUCGGUGGCCGAUUGUGCGAAGGUCGUCGCCGACUGGAUCAGACUGGAGAUUAUCAAUAUGGGGGUCCGGAUUGAUCGUGACUAUGUCUUCCGCGAUUCGCAUGUUCCGCGAUGGGGAAUCUGA